CAGAAAAUCUACAAGAAAAGGAAAAUGGCUCCUAUUGAACUUCAUGGUAUGGCUCCAUCUGCCCCGUGCAGAACUGUUGCAAUGGCUGCCGAAUGUGCUGGUGUUGACUACACCUAUGUAUCUGUGAACCCAAUGCAAGGAGAAACUAAGACUCCUGAGUUCUUGGCAAUGAAUCCAACUCAUACUAUUCCGACCAUCAAGGACGGUGAUUAUGUACUGUACGAGUCCAGGCCUAUUGCUUCGUACAUAAUGAACAAGUACUGCAAGGAUGAGAAAAUGAACCCUCAGGAUCCUGAGACUAGAGGACUUAUUGAUCAGCGGCUGUACUUCGACAUGGGAAUAUUCUAUAAGGCUCUGGGUGAAUGUAUAUAUCCCGUGAUGAUGGGAGGACAGAAACCAACUGAUAUUCAACAAGAAAAAUACGAUAAACUUAAAGAGGCUCUGGGUUGGUUGGAUGGUUAUGUAGCAGGUGGUAAAUUUGCUGCUGGAACUACUUGUAUCACAGUAGCAGAUCUAGCGCUAGUUGCUACCUACUCUACACUCAAGAAUACCGCAGCUACACACAAGGAUGUGCUGGAUGUGUCCGCCUUCAAAAAUGUUGAAGCCUGGUUCGAGAAAUGUAAAGGUAAAAUAAUUAUUAACUUUCAUUUUUAUUAUGUUAAAAUUGCUUCGUGGAUAUUGUCCGAAAUGGAAACAGAGAAAUGACCGUAUUACAUCUCA